GUGCUGAUCUACUUGUAUGCAAUGUCACCCACAGUGUGUACAAACCUGUAGGCUAAAGCCGGUGUUACACUGGGGUUUUCUGGAUCUUCAAAGCACCAGAAGUAGUAUGUGUACUAUUGAAAGCGCCCAUUCCGUCUUGGAGGUGUGCAUCACAUUGACAUUGUGCAUGCGGUCUUUUACUAGUACAUGUGUUUGGUCAGAGUCUCAUCUCUGUGUGUGUCUGUCUCUCUGUUUGCUUGUGUGUCGGUGUGUGUGUGUGUGCGCGUGCGCGCGCAUAUGUGCUUAUGUGUCUUCAUGUGUGAGCAGUGUGUACUUUGAAUGUGCCGUGCACAACUGUUUUGUGUGUGUAUGAGCUUGCAAUUGCCUUGCAUGCGCUUUGAACAUGUGUUCAUGUACGUGCUCCGCAGGACUUGUGAUUUUGCCUGACCUUUGAAACCAAUUGGACUGCCUGCCCUGGCAAGGGACUCUUAUUGCCUAGCUUCUUGUUAUGGCGGCAUCAACAGUAGCACGUAACGCCACCUGACCUGUCGUUGCUUCACAGCUGCUGCUUUCUCACUUCCGCUGUAUCAGUUCGGCGUAUUGCCCAGCUGCACCGUGUAGCCGUGUUGUGAAACAGCAUACCGGUGCUCCCUGCUCAGUAGCUGUUGUCAGUACCAGGAACUUGGUGAGUGUAGCGGACACAGGUAGUGGCGAGUACACUGCGUCGCUGGUGACACACCGUCACUGGAAAUGCCCCGCGUCACGCAGUGCAGCGCGUCACUAUUCCGCUCCACCACGUGUCACAAACGCAGCGUUGCAAGGGCUGCUAGCGCAAGUGCAGCGUCUCCAGCAUGCUAGCAGGAACAGCGCAGCAACAGUGGCGGAGCACUGAGCCCGGAGCAGAGGUCCCGAUUGGCUUCCGCUUGUCAUAUGCUGUGCGCUGCGAUCGGGUCGUUGCUCAGCACCAUCCCUUACUUGCUGCAGCAAUGUUCCCGCUACAAUACUUACCCGGGUGUAGCCAGCAACGGACUGCGAUCUAGUGUAUCCAUAUUCUCCACGUGUACAUUGGUGCUUGAUGACAUCAUCAAGUCACUGCUUACCUCAUCGAAUACUAGGAGAGAUUUCGCACAGGCUGUGUCAGCACUUGAAGAACAUUCAGAGCUGCUCAGGGAUCACGCGCAGCUUUUUAAAGUCAUUUACGCUGUCGUGCAAGUGGACAAGACUGGCGACCUGAUCGUUGAUCAUACUCAGUUUCCGGACGACUUUCUGGACACUGCUGAGAGUAUGGAGCGGAGAAGCUUCUAUGGACGGUGCCUCGGCCUUCAUAGCUAUCUAAGCCACUGGGCCAACCAGCUCAACGUUCCCGUGGCGUCCGUUGACUACAUGACGGCCCCCGAGCACCCGUACCCACGUGCCGUCAACGACUGUUUCUACGCGUACGCCUGGGUGCUGAGGAACGCCACCAGCCUGGGUACCACUGCCGAGAAAGUCAUCCUGGCCGGCGACUCGGCUGGAGGUAACUUUGUCUUCGGAGUGGCAUUCCUCGCUGCGCAGUACCAGCUUCGGAAGCCGUGUCUGGUUCUGGGCGCGUACCCUGCUCUGAAAAUCUCACUGGAUCUGUCACCGGCACGCUGCCUAAGCGUAAUGGAUCCGCUGUUACCCAUUGGAACGCUGCGGGCAUGUUUGAAUGCGUACCGGGGGAGUGGCAGCACGCCAGAGUAUCACCCGAACACCGGUCACCUGUCACAGCUGCAGUCGGGCAUCCACCACUGUCAUGCCACCAUUCUGAAUGCUUCGCCGGCUUACCUCUCUCCACUGCUGGCCAGUGAUGAGAUGCUGCACAGCUUACCAUCGGUUGCAUUGCUGCCAAGUUCAUUUAACCCCCUCUUGGAUGAUUCCAUCGUCAUGGCGCGUCGUCUGCACGCACUCGGCAAGGAUGUGACACUACGCCCAUUCGACGGAAUAUCCCAUGGCUUCCUCAACUUCCACGCAGUCAGCCGCUUGGCGCAGCAAGCCACCAACGUGUGCAUUGAGUUGAUGGACGCAGCAAUCAAGCAACACGACCAAGAUGUUUAGUCGUGAUACAAGUAGUGCCUAUUGCAGUACGAGAUGUCACCACUCAUGCGUUCUCAGUGCAGCACCGGACAUUUGCCCAUUGGCACUCAUUUUACGAGUAUUGAACUAUUUUUUUUAAAUACUUAAGUAAGGUCCAUAAUUAGUUUUAUUCCCGUAGCUAUGCAGAAGACGUUACUGAAGACGUUACUUCAGUAACGUCUGGCGCUAGCCAGGGUCCACACAGCUUUAAUUUGGUGUUUGUGUCACGCCUGGCGCUAUCCCGUAUCUGUCCCGAACCGUACCAUCAAACACAGCUGGCCACAUACAGCUGGCCGCAAUAUUCGAAUAGGGCUUUCAAACGCAAGAUCAUAACGUGAAGCAACUUGGAAGAAUGA